CAUUGAAUCAUGGUUAAAACCACAUUCAUGCAACACUAAUAAAAGCUGCCACAGAACAACAACAAGCACAUCGCAAGCAUGAAGCUCCUACUUGCAUACAUUUUGGCCAAGCUGUUUAUCUUGCCAAUUCCUGGAGGUGAAUCUACGACAAUCAUUGGCGGGAAAGAAGCAAUUCCCCAUUCAAGACCUUACCUGGCCCAUCUUAAUGUCAAUUGUGGUGGGGCUUUGAUUAAACCAAACUGGGUGCUGACUGCAGCACAUUGUUACAACAGGACUUCAUUCAAGUAUGAUAAAGUGGUCACUCUUGGAGCUCAUUCCAUUUCAAAAUUUGAGAAGGAAAAGCAGAACUUUGCAGUCGAGAAGGUAGUUCGUCAUCCCCACUUCAAUCCAAAUACUUUUGAUAACGACUUCAUGCUACUUAAGCUCAAAGGUAAAGCAAAGGUGAACAAAUUUGUGUCUACUUUAAACCUGCCUGACUCUGGAGAAGAUAUUAAACAUGGUACCAAGUGCAACGUUGCAGGAUGGGGCAUCACCAAACUUAAAGGACAGCCAUCAGAUAAGCUCAUGGAAGUGAAUGUCACUAUCAUAGAUAGACAAACUUGCAACAGCCCUAAGUAUUACAAUCAUGGAAUAACAAGGAACAUGUUUUGUGCUGGAGAUAUAAAAGGUGGAAAAGAUUCAUGUGAUGGAGAUUCUGGAGGCCCAAUAAUAUGCAACAGCAUCUACAGUGGCAUUGUCUCAUUUGGACAAGACUGUGGGCUGCCUUGCAAACCAGGGGUCUAUGCUCGUUUCACAGAUGAAAUCCUAGACUGGAUUGCAAAAGAAAUACAAUCUUAUUAGAAUGUGUUCUUUGGUUUUAUUUGUUAAUACAGAAAUACAAUUUUAAAUGGUAGAAACGCUCUGCUUUAGUUGAUUUAAAUGCUGCUCUGCUCUAAUGAUUUAAACACUGCUGUGCACCAUAGGUUUCUUUUGAAGCUUUAUAUAAUCAUGAACAUUGAUUAGAAUAUUGAUAAACAGCUUGGCAAUGAAAUAAAACCACAUAACUCGUGCCUACUGCUAUCUUAAUAAACAUUUAUAAUGAUAAUAAAUAA